GCCACAUAUGUUACUAUUGUCGUCUAUGGGAUUUGAUUUGGUAGUAUACACCCAUAAGUGAUAGACCUCAAAUAGACAGCUGUCAGAGAAAUACACUGUGAACAACCUCAGGGCAGGGUAACAUGAAAUUGGGGCAAGGUAGCCAAAAACGUGACUGGCGCAUUACAUUAUAUUUAUUGUUAGCUAGAACACUGACUUUUUAAUUGUCUUUAUUAAAUCAAUGUUUAUGGUCAAGAUCAGUCCACGUUUCAUCUGUGUAUCAUGUGUCAGUCCAUCCAUCUGUCUAUUAAUAAAAUGUCACAUUUCUCAAAGACGUUUGGUUUAACUAGCACCAUAUUGACUGAGAGUUAGAGCUCAGGUUUGAAGACUAUCCUGCUUUCUCUACUAUAUUAUUUUUACUGUGAUUUAUAAAUUUUACAUUCCAGAAUGUCUCUGCAGACUUUCCUGAGAAGCAGGGGAAUCCCACCUGAAACUGUUAAUAAAAUGGAAGCAGAUAAGAUUGACAUAGAUGUAAUCAUUGAAAUGAGUGAUUUGGAUCUCCAGGAAUACCUUCCUAGCAAGGGUGACAGGGUAGCUCUCCAGGCUUUUGUCAAUAGACAGCAAUCUGAAAGUGAAAACGACAAGAGGAAAUUAUCCCUGAUUGAAAACCUAAGAAGUCACAUGAAGUUAGCAUCCAAGUCGAAAUACCCAUCAGAUUCGGAUGAUGAGAAAAGCACAGUAUCCAACCUGAAGAAACACAAGAAAUUGCCUUUCUUCUCCAAUUUUCGGAACAAUAAAAGUAUUAGUGCAAAGCAAGCAGCAAUUGCUUCAAAAAAUGACCGAUCGUUGGUAGUUGGAUUUUCUAUCUGUGACCCUACUAAAAACAGUGACUCAAAGUACCACCAAGUUCGAGCACCCAUGGGGUGAGGCAUCAGACAUCCCAGUGUUAAGAAACAUACAAAGAAAGAGGAGCUAAUAGAAAUAAUUUAUCCUUUGUUUUUUACAGAUGGAAAGAACUGCUAUGGCACUGUCAGUGAAUUUGUCUUUGACAUAUCCAGUGAUGUACAUGGGACGCAGCUGAUGCAUACAAGCGAAUCAGUGGAAGACAUUAUCAACAGGCUACAUGUGAAACACCUCAGGUGUUAUCUUUUGGGUAAAAAAAAGAACUUUGACAAUUCUGACAGUGAUGAAAAUCUACCUGAAAUGAUUAAAUGUGGUGACAGGAAGAGAAAAAGUGUUGGUUCAACCAUGACACCAGUAUCCGAAAACUUUGUGGCAACUGAAUCCAUUGCAAACACUGUGGACAGCGUUCAAGUCUUACAGUAUUCAACAUCAAAUGACAUGGAAGCUUCUGCAGUUGAACCACAUGAGGAAUUAGCACAUGAUGAUCAAAUGGUCCAGAGUGAAUUGAUCCUUGUCAAGCAUGAUGAUUCAGUGGAUGGAGCACUGCAGUAUGAUGGCUCUCAUGAUAUGAUCGCUCCUGGAUUAUUUACACUGGCAAUAGACCAAAGAGAUCUA